ACUGCUCACACAAUCAUCAAACUAACAUAAUUACCAAAAAAAAUACUUCUUUUCUGCUAAAUCUUUUUAAUAUAUAAUAAUAAUACUAAUAAUCAUUAUAUAUAUACAUGACCACUACCUCUAUUACUGUACAAGUUCAUGCAUUGCUUUUUUUCACUUUGCCUCUGGUUACUGAGUUUUCGUACUGCGAUCCAGCAAAUAAAGGAGCUUCAUCGGUUAGUCUGUUUUACUUUCCUUUUGUUUCCAAUAUUCACUCAUUUACUAGAGCUGAAAGUAGUCAUUAAGUAGCCAUGUUUUGCUUCUUUGUCCUUCUUCUGUAAAAGUUUUUACUUUUGUUAAGGAUGGCUUUUUCAGUACUUUGCUUCCUUUUCCUUCUGUUGAAUUUUCCUGCAUUUUUGGUUUCACUAAAUGAAGAAGGUUUAGCAUUACUUUCCUUUAAAGGGUCAUUGAAAGAAAUACCAGAAAACUUUCUUACUGACUGGAACACUUCCCAUGAAAAUCCAUGUUCAUGGCUUGGUGUGACAUGUAAAAAAGAGAAAGUUGUCUCUCUCAGCCUCCCCAAUAGAAAACUCUCUGGGAUUCUACCUGCUGAUCUUGGAAAUCUCUCGGCCCUUCGCCAUUUGAAUCUCGAAAACAACAAACUCUUUGGAAACUUACCAUCUGACCUCUUCAAUGCAAAGGAGCUUGUAAGCAUGAUCCUAGCUGGGAAUUCCUUAUCUGGACUUAUUCCCCAUCAAAUAGAGAACCUUAACCACCUAAGAACCUUGGACCUUUCUCAUAAUUCAUUUAAUGAUUCAAUACCUUCAUCUAUAGUUCAAUGUAAGAAACUCAAGAUUCUUUUUCUGAACAACAACUCCUUUUCUGGUCCCCUCCCAGAUGGGUUUGGAACUAGUUUAGCUAAUCUUCAAAGACUCAAUCUAUCCUCUAAUAGAAUCACUGGGUCAAUUAACGGGGACAUGGGCAACUUGUUAAACUUAAGAGAAACCCUUGACAUGUCUCACAACUUGUUUAAUGGUACCAUUCCUGAAAGCCUAGGAAAACUUCCCAUGACAGUGUACAUUGAUCUGAGUUACAACAAUCUCAGUGGACCAAUUCCACAUGUAGGCACUUUGUUUAAUGCAGGUCCAACAGCUUUUAUUGGCAACCGUUUCUUAUGCGGAUUACCAUUGAAGAAUUCAUGUUCUUCAGCCACCAAGGGCCUGUCUCAAUCGUUGAUCCCUAAACCACCUCUAGACACAGAAGAAAACCCCAUCAAGACUGCGAAACAUCGCAAAUUGAGUGUUGUGAUUACUAUAGUUGCAGGUAUCAUGGUGGGAUUCUGCUUCAUUGGGUUGAUUUUGUCCUAUUCCUACAAGAAGGUUUAUGCUGGUAAAGGAAUUAAACAUAUUGGUGGGUGUAGGUUUGAAGAUAGUUCCAUGGUUAGAAGAGAUAUUUUCUGCUUUGCAAAAGAUGUGUUGGAGACUCUAUCACAAAGUAUGGAGCCAUACAAAUUUGUGAGGUUUGACUUGCAAAUUGAUUUUAAUGUUGACCAACUUCUAACAGCUUCUGCUUUUCUGUUGGGGAAAAGUGGACUUGGGAUACUUUAUAAAGUUGUUCUUGAUAAUGGGCUAACAUUGGCUGUGAGAAGAUUGGGUGAAGGAGGUUCCCAAAGGUGUAAAGAGUUCCAAUCUGAAUUGGAAGCCAUUGGAAAGAUCAAGCAUCCAAAUAUUGUGACUCUUCUAGCUUAUUGUUGGUCCAUUGAAGAGAAGCUCCUCAUUUAUGAAUAUGUACCUAAUGGAGAAUUAGCUUCUGCAAUUCAUGGGAAGCCUGGAAUGGUAUUCUUCACACCACUUUCUUGGCCUCUUCGUCUGAGAAUCAUGAAAGGAAUAGCAAAAGGUUUGAGUCACCUUCAUGAAUACAGUCCCAAAAAGUAUGUCCAUGGAAACUUAAAGCCUAGCAAUAUAUUACUUGGACAGAACAUGGAACCCCAAAUCUCUGACUUGGGACUUGGCCGCCUUGCAAACAUAACUAGAGAAUCCCAAACAUUUCAGAUGGAACAACUCGCACCCGAAACACCACCUCAGUAUCUUCCUCAUGAAAUGUCAGCCAUAAAUUCACCUGCAGUGACAUUUGGAUCUCAAUACAAUUCACCAGAAUCCUCAAAUGGGAGAAAGCCAUCUCAGAAGUGGGAUGUGUACUCAUUUGGAGUGAUUAUGCUGGAGAUGAUAUCUGGGAAGUUGCCACUGAUGCAAGUUGGGUCUAUGGAAAUGGAUAUAGUUCAAUGGUUUCAUCUCAGCAUUGAAGAAAGAAAGCCUUUUGUUGAUGUGUUAGACCCUUUUCUAGCUCAUGAUUUGGAUAUGCAAGAGGAAAUAGUUGCAGUACUAAAAGUUGCUCUUUCUUGUGUCCAUCAAAGCCCUGAAAGAAGACCAUCAAUGAGAUAUGUUUGUGACACUUUGGCAAAACUUGCCUAAUAAUCUACACAGCCCAUUUCAGUUUUUGACAGUUGAAAGAUGAAACUAAUAGAACAGUCAAAUGACUUGGUGCCGAAAGAGUCGAAAGACUCUGCAACUUGGGACACAUGUUUCUUUUUCUUCUCCUUCUAUCAUUAGAACCCUGCAAAUUUCCAUCCUAAGAGUGUUUAUAUAAUUAUUAUGUGGUCACCAAGGAGUCGAAAUGACAAUUAGUUAUUUCUCUUUUCAAAUCAUGUUAUGUGUCGUUGUAAAAAUUGUCAGCGAACAACUUAGCAACAGAGCCCUUAUUCAGAAGAAAAUCAAUGAAUACAUACUCGUAGAGAUAAA